AUGCCUGAAGUAGAGGGGGCGGCCGUGCCAAUUCAAGCCAAGAGCUCCUGGUCUUCUUUCCUCAAGUCUAUUGCCUCGUUCAACGGUGAUUUGUCCUCGUUGACCGCGCCGGCCUUCAUCCUGUCAACGCAGUCCCUCGUCGAGUUUUCCGCGUAUUGGGCCGAGAACACUGCAUUGUUCGUCGCCCCGACACAAGAGAAGGAUCCAGCCAAGCGAGCCCUUUUGGUGCUUAAGUGGCUGCUCAAUACGCUCAAGCAGCAAUAUUACUCGCGCUCCGAGAAACUCGGCUCCGAAAAGAAACCGCUUAACCCAUUCCUGGGCGAGUUGUUCUUGGGUCAAUGGGAGGACGAAUUCGGAGUGACGCGCCUUGUCUCGGAGCAAGUGAGCCACCACCCCCCUGUCACAGCGUAUUCCAUCACCAACGACAAGUACCGGAUCCGACUCCAAGGAUAUAAUGGUCAAAAGGCAAGUUUUAGUAGAACAAUCAACGUCAAGCAGAUCGGACAUGCACUCUUGACGAUUUAUCCGCCCGGGAGCGACAAGAAAGAGACAUACCUGAUCACUCUACCCCCGUUGCACAUCGAAAGUCUCAUAUAUGGUGCGCCAUUCGUCGAAUUGAGCAAAUUCAUCCACAUUAUCUCGAGCAGCGGCUACAUCUCAAAGAUUGAUUUCUCCGGCAGAGGUUGGGUGUCCGGAAAGAAGAACAGUUUCACAGCAUCGUUGUGGAAACUCGGGGAGGGUUCGGAGAAGAAUCCUCUCUACUCGGCAGAUGGUCAAUGGUCGGACGCCUUUACGUUGAAGGAGGGCGAAGGCAAGAAAGCAAAGGCGAUUGAGACGGUCAAGCCAAGUGACGUCAAAUUGUCCAAGCUCAACGUUGCCCCUGUUGAAGAGCAAGACGUCUUUGAAAGCAGGAGGGCUUGGCGCAUUGUUGCGCGCAGCAUCGAAAAGGGUGACAUGGACGCGACUGCACACUACAAGUCCCGGAUCGAAAACGCCCAACGAGUAUUGCGCAAAAAGGAACAGGAAGAAAACCGCGAGUGGAAGAGGGUCUUUUUCUCCCAGGCUAAUUCGAGCGACGAGGAUGAGAAAGCAUUUCAGGAUCUGGUCAAAGUGGCGACGAAUCUAGGGACGAACAGCUGGGAUGGGGUCGCCCCUGACAAGACCGCUGGUGUAUGGAGAUACGACGAUCAAAAGGCUACUGGUGCAAAGAAACCAUUCCAUGAAGAAGGACUGUUGGCGUUGGGAGAAAACCCGGACGGUACCUCUGCGCCGGUAAGUCGAGUGCCGACAAACCAGAGUAGCCAGGUUGGCGGAUGA